CAAUAAUUAUUUAAUGUACCCGAACUCAUUUUAGAACUACAUGAACCCUACCUAAGGACAAUACUUUCCAUAAUGCUAUCCUCAGUACUAUUAUCCUGUUUAAAAUCCAUAUUAUUCACAAUAUCAAAUGAUGUAGGCCAGGCCUGUUCUUAUAUUUAAAAAGAAGGUUGAUCCACUUAAAUAAGAAGAGGAGAGAGUUGAAACUUAAAAAUCUGUUCCAAUUGUGGAUUUCGAGAAAACUUCAGAACAUGUUUAAACACCUUUAGUUUAAAUCUAAUCUGAUGAUAAAGGAAGCAAUUUGAAGCCUAAUUUAUUGGUCGAUUCUACAAAUAUUCAAAAAAAUUUCUCUAAAGCCAUAGUAUAAUAUGCUUUGAGACAAAAAAAGACAGUUUAUGAAAUUCUUGGAGAAGAAAAAGGAAAUAAAUUUCUUUUGUUCAUGAGUGAACUUGUAAAUCAACUUAGAAAUCUAUUUCACCUAGUAAAAUACACAUAGGAUGAAGAAUAUUUAAAACUCAUUAGAAUUUUAGGGUAUAUUUUUUUUAGUUAUUAUAGUAAUAACUUUUUAAGGAAAGAAAGUACAUGUUAUAUUUAUAAUUCAAAAAUAAGAUAAAAAACUAGUCACAUUAAGCACAAAGCAAUAGUAAAAAAAGUCCUAUUAAAACUUUGAAAUUUACAAUAUUUUUUUUCUAUAUAUGAACCCAG